AUGUAUAUCUUAAUUUGUGCUAUCUAUCUAUCUAUCUAUCUAUCUAUCUAUCUAUCUGAGUAUUAUCAUAUCUAUCUAUCGAAGUCUUAUGAUGAUAUCUAUCUAUCUCAUUCUGUUCAAUAUCUAUCUAUCUAUCUAUCUAUCUAUCUAUCUAUCUAUCUAUCUAUCUAUCUAUCUAUCUAUCUUCAUAUCUAUAUUUCUUUGAGUUUGAUCAUAUCUAUCUAUGUUCAUUAUCUAUCUAUCUAUCUAUCUAUCUAUCUAUCUAUCUAUCUAUCUGAGUAUGUUCAUUAUCUAUCUAUCUAUCUAUCUAUCUAUCUAUCUAUCUAUCUAUCAGAGUAUGUUCAUUAUUAUCUAUCUAUCUAUCUAUCUAUCUAUCUAUCUAUCUAUCUAUCUAUCUAUCUAUCUCAUUCUUUUUGCAGAAGUUUGCUGGGUGGAAUAGCACGGGAGGAACAUUUGAGAAACAUGAAGACGUUAGAAGCAGAAUGGGACAGCUGCAAUUUAACUCGGUUGUCGCUUACUCUUUCUUUUUUUCUUUCUUUCUUUUUUUUCUUUCUUUCUUUUUUUUCUUUCUUUCUUUCUUUCUUCCCUGAUAUUUAUUUAUUCUCUAUUCUUAUAUAUGCCUUUCUUUCUUACUCUGAUAUUUUUCAUCUUUUUUCUUUUUUUUUGUCAGCUGCGUGUCUUUCUUUCUUUCUUUCUUUCUUUCUUUCUUUCUUUCUUUAA